AAGAUUGGGAGCAGAAGAAGGUGUCUACUCCAAGCCAGACCAACUGUAACACAGAGUCAACAGCCGCCCUGGAGGAGGCCAAGAGGGACACAGUGGUGGACUGGACAGACAAGACACAUUCUUAUAGGAAGAAGACAGACGACCCCUGGUGCUCCUGGGAGCCCCCCAACACCCCCUGAGCCUCAUGACCCUGGUAGUGCCCUGCCCCUGACACCCCGGAUAGAGAGCCACUCAGAGGAGGAAGAUCCGAGCGGGGCUGGCAGUGGCCUGGGCUGGAUCAGCAGGGGCUCCCGGACCCAGAGCCCCGGGGGCAGCAGCUCAGUGGAAGCCGUGCUGGGCCGGAAGAAGCACCGCCGGAGGCCUUCCAAGCGCAAACGCCACUGGCGGCCCUACCUGGAGCUGAGCUGGGCCGAGAAGCAGCAGCGGGAUGAGAGGCAGAGCCAGAGGGCCUCCCGGGUGCGCGAGGAGAUGUUUGCCAAAGGCCAGCCCGUGGCGCCCUACAACACCACCCAGUUUCUCAUGAACGACCGCGACCCUGAGGAGCCCGACCUCGAGGUGCCCCACGGGGCCUCCCACCCAGGCUCCAGCGGGGAGAGCGAGGCCGGGGAAGGCGACGGCCGGGGCCGCGCUCACGGCGAGUUCCAGCAGAGGGCCUUCUCCGAGGCCUACGAGCGCUACCACACGGAGAGCCUGCAGGGCCGCAGCAAGCAGGAGCUGGUUCGAGACUACCUCGAUCUGGAGAGGCGGCUCUCUCAGGCCGAGGAGGAGACCCUGAGGCUGCAGCAGCUGCGGGGGUGCGCCGGGCGGCAUCCCUGCCGCCAGGUGGAGGAGCUGGCUGCCGAGGUCCAGAGGCUCCGGACAGAGAACCAGCGGCUGCGGCAGGAGAACGCCAGGUGGAACCGAGAGGGCGGCGGCGGCCGCGGUGGGGAGCCAGGGACCUAGGGGGGGACCCCCCCCCCCCGCCCCCGCCAGGAUCAGGUCCUGUUUCAAUACAUGCUGGGGCAGCUGGGGCUCCGGGAGGCAGGUGACAGAUGAAAACCACUUCCGGCCCCUCUGUGGCCCCUGAGAACAGCGAAAGUAGGUUCAGCCUUCCACCUGGUCAUUUCUGUAAUUUGGUCUUUGAUGUCUUCUUAUUUUUCACAAAGAAAUUAAAGGAUUUUCACGAG